AUUCAGUACGAUCAGACUCAUUAGGUUAAUUUUAGUUAUUUACAAAGGUAUUAGUUUUAUUUUCUAAAAGUACAAUACACAAAAUUACGUGAACAAAAUGACUACGUUAAAACAAGUUCCUCUCACAUGUGGUGGCCAUACAAGACCAGUCGUGCAUUUGGAUUUUAGUGACGUUACAAAAGAUGGAUUUUAUUUGAUUUCAGCUUGCAAGGAUGGAAAACCCAUGCUGCGACAAGGUGAGACUGGUGACUGGAUUGGGACCUUUGAGGGUCAUAAAGGAGCAGUAUGGGGAGUAGCUUUGACACAGAAUGCUAAUUUAGCUGCCAGUGGUGCAGCUGAUUUUUCCGCAAAACUAUGGGAUGCGCGCUAUGGUGAAGUUGUUCACACGUUUGACCAUGAGCACAUAGUAAAGAGUGUGAAUUUCAAUUCUGAUGACACAUUGUUGCUGACUGCCAGUAAUGAAAAGCUGAUACGAGUGUAUGACCUGAACAAGCCGGAAGCUGGACCAUUGGAAAAAAUAAAUGCACACUCGGGUAGCAUCAGGCACGCUGUAUUUUUACACAAUUCGCGGAUCGUCAGUGUCAGCGAUGAUCUCACAAUGCGUGUUUGGGAUAGAACUAGUGGACAGGAGGUGCAUAAAAUCGAGUUUGCGAACACUCCGAACAGUUUAGAAUUAUCGAGAGAUGGAGCUAUUUUGACAGUGGCACAUGGAACCGACGUAUCAUUUUAUUCGUCUGACACAAUGCGUAAGAUGCGCGAAUUCCCUGUGCCUACCAAGUGUUAUUCUGCGUCGCUGUCCCCAAGCCGGGCCUCCUUCGUAUGUGGCGGGGAAGAUCUCAAAGUCUACAAGUAUGACUACAAUACAGGAACUGAACUUGAAUCGAAUAAAGGACACUUCGGUCCAGUACACUGUGUGCGGUGGUCGCCGGACGGCGAGUUGUACGCAACAGGUUCUGAAGAUGGUACCGUGCGUCUGUGGCAAGCCGUGCCCGGACGUGUUUACGGACUGUGGCGUCGAUCUACUGACCACCCGCCCAUUACCAACGGGUUUAAGGAGGUCGCCGCCAACUGACACGCCGCCUUGGACGAAGAGGAAAAUGCAGAGCAGUGAGAGUGCAAUCAAAAUUUAACGCAUCGUGGUAAACAACCAUUGCUGCGGCUAUCGUAACUGUGAAAUGUGUCUAAAGAAGUUUUUACAAAGGAGUAACCAAAAUCAAGACUAAGUAUUCAACAUAAUAAUGUCAAACUGUGUUUGUGUUGUUUUUUUUUGCAACACUAAUUUUAUACUCAAAUGCAAUGUAUUUAUUGUAAAAAGAAACUAAAUAGACUUAAUAUGCAACAAACAAAGUGAUUUGUAAAUAUUAUAGUUUACCAUUUUA